GAGAAAAGCGAUAAAAUGAAAGUUGAACCCUGUUAAAAACAAACGCACAAAAUUCAUUUCUUAAGUCAACAGUAGCAACACAGUUAAUCGCGCGACUUAUUCUUUCCCAACUCUUGCAAAUCCUAAUAUUAAGCGAUAAAAUUAGGACUGUAAGAGAUUUACAAUAAUUAUCCGCAAAGAGAUUAAAAUUACGAAUUUUUCCUGGAAGCUCGCGAUUUGCAUGUGGAAACGCUCCCAACAACAACAACAAAAAAAAACAUAUACACAAAGCGCCAGUGGAUAUCCUCCGUUCAAAACAUUCGUGAAUAUGCGGUAAAGUGCAUAUGCUUUAAAAAUAAAUAAAAAGAGCUUGAACAACCAAUUACUUCAAAACUUUCUUUCUGUCUGGUUUUCCCCAUUUUUUUAAUUUCAAAAUAUCGUGAAUGAUCGAGUGCCAAACUGCGAAAAAUAAAGCGCGACUUAAAUCUGAUACCCCUUCAUAAUCUCUUUUCUGAAAUCAAGAAAAGCCGUCUUAAAUUCCCUUCAAAGAGAAAAUUGUCUUCACGUAUGCAUGAGAUGCAUCGCAAGACUGAUUAAUCAAGCGAACAAUCGAAUCACGUCUCGGAUCUCGUCUACGUCACAUUUCGAACAAAGGAUUAUUGUCUACGCAUCUGACACUGGGGUGGCUUGAAUUAAAUUUGAGUCGGGCUGUAGAGCUUCAACCGUUUCUCCACGAGAGGAGAUAAAAAAGGACGGAAUAUACGACUCACGAGCUAGUGACAUAUUUUGUACAUUGAGAGCUUAAAGCACUAAGAGGAAUGGAAGGAAAAAGUUUGAUUUUUUCAUCAAAUGAAGUUUCAGCGUAGUGAGAAAGCCAAAUAUGGAAAGAUUGCUUGAUCAAGCGCUUCAAGACUAGCGAGUUUCGAUUCGAGUUUCGAUUUGAACAUUUCAAGAAUUGAUCUCAAACGAGCACAAGCAGGAAACUUACACUGGCAGUAGAAGCAUACACAGAACUUCAAAAUUGUUCGAAUAACAGUUGAUAUCACGCGUGUAAGCGAUGUCACAACACCCUACAACGGUUUCCAUGGCUACAGUGUCCAACUCAAACACGAUGACAGUGGGGGAGGGUGUAAAAACUACCACAAUAGAAGUCAUUCUUCCCGGUCAACAGGUGAAGGGCCAGGAGGGGAAUGGCGAAGAAGCCCUGGGAACUAUUAAUUCUUCCCGUUGGACAGAUCCAGAAACCAUGGCCCUGCUAAGCCUUUGGAGGGCAAACUAUAGAAUUAUCAAGGGCAAGAAACGAAAUUACGAAGAAUGGAACAUGAUUGCCAAGGAAUUCAACAGGCGAGUAGCGCAUUGCUCGCUGGGGCCCAGAACAGGGAAUCAAUGCAAGGUGCGGAUAAAGAACCUGCUCGCGGAAUACAAACGAACAAAGGACCAAUUACCUCAUUCAUUUCCCUACCACGACCAAGUAAAAGAGAUUCUUAACAAUAAAAGCGAUCUAUUUCGCGAAGAAGAGGUGGUACGCAUCAACAUACCGGCCGAGCACACCAUUGCCAAUGGCGUCGUUACUUCUCAAACUGUUGUUACUCCUUCUCCCACAUUAACCUUUCCCAGUGCGAUUCCUUCGGACACGUUUACAAGCAGACAUUUGCGUCCCAUCAAACCGGCCCCACCACCCACGCCACUGAAUGCACCAAUAGCAGCUAGCCAAGCAGACCAAUACCCCAUCCCCGUACAAGUAUACUCCACAGCUAUUUCUCAGCCUUCUCCAGCGACGGCAGUCAGCAUGGAACUUCUGCAUGCACCAAAGAGUUUUGCGAGCGAAGACGAAUCAUCAGAGGACGAGAGCUACUCCGAAGAAAUGACAGCUCGGGGCUCAAAAAGACCUCUCAUCGCCCCCACCGAACCACUUCCUCGGAAAAAACCGAGGAAGAAUCCAAAACCGCUCAAAACACCUCAGAGCCGUCGGGAAGAUCUUAGCAUGAUCGCCAUCUUACGGGAGUUUUUAGAGGACAGCCGCAAAAGGGAGGAGGACUUAUUGAAAAGAAUUCUACAGCAACAACUUGAAGCUGAGAGCCGAUAUCAACAAUUUACCCUAGAUGUUCUGAAGGAAAUCGGCAAAAUGUUCAAAAAGGAAUGAUACUAUAACCUUAAGGUUAAAAGCAAAACUAUGUUAAGACAUUGUUUGAGAUCGAUUUAAAGCAAAAACCCAAUCAUGUAGUGAAAUAGUUUGAAAAUGUGUAAGCGUUUGUACUUUGUUAUUUUCUUAAUUGGUAAAACCAGGUUAUCAGCUUGUGAUAAAACCCAACUAACCUGA